CUACCCAUCAUCGUCAUCCUCUCUUCCUUUCCAGAGACCCAGCAUUUACUCUAUAACCUUCCACUUGCAGGCAAUGUGAAGGCUUCAUUUCCAUUGGAAUGGCAACUCGAUCUUGCGGCACCAUUUUCUAGUGCUCAAUCAUUCUGAACUGUCUGCCGUCUUCACUUCUGAUCUUCUCCUAUUUGUGCUCAGUAUUCUGCGCGUCGCAUACAUGCGUCAACCAUACCCUUUUCAGUUCAUUUGCAUGGGUCGAGCCUUUUGCUAUCAUGUCGGUCAUUCAGAAUGAAGAGUUGGUCGCAUAUCAAUUACGAUGCGGUUAUCUCACCGAAAUUGCCGAUGGGGUGGGAGAACGCCUCAUUAACCUUAACGAAGGGUUUCUAAACUCGGGCGCUUUCAAGGCUAUCGGUUGGCAGGCCAAUCCCAACCUUGUGAAGCGUUGCUACUCCCCUCCUAUACCUACAGCCGUUGCCUCGGAGUACUUCCAAGCCCCGCGUCCCGUGGGAGUGACACUGGAGGAUGAACGUGACGAGGGCGGGAUGCUCGCCGGGGGUGGUACGGAUACUUUCGGGCCGGGACUGGCCAUCAAGAGGCGGAGGCGGGCCCAGACUCUCGACGACGACGAUAGCAGUGACCUGAGCGACGAGAGCGACGAUGACGAGCAUGCGCAACGUGCAGCACAGCAGAUUAAAUUUUCCAAGAUGCCCGUGCGGCCGAGGGCGGGCUCGAGUCCGAUACAAUCGUCGAAUCUUCGCCAAGCAUCUACCAUGUCAUCCCCUCGCGCAGCGCCCGGAACCCGUCGGGGCUCGCACUCCGCCCUCGAGGUUGUCAAGGAAAGGGCCCGCCGCGAUACCGUCACGAGCAGCGAGGUUUCAUCCGAGAACGAACUUGAUUCUUCGGCCUUUUACAGGCAUAGGGAGGCCGCCAGGGCGGCUACCAAAGCUGUCAGGCUGCAGACCAAGAUCAAUGAAGAGCCCGGGGAGGGGCUGAAUCGUGCUGGAACUGGUCUUCUCCACGAAGAGGACGAGGACUCUGAUGCCUCCGAUAUUUCGGGAGAUUUCAUCGAGAGCAUCGAGUCGACAGGCAUCCUGGACGCCGUUGAAAACCCCAACCAGGCGCCUACGGAUCGUCAAGUUGUUGGCACGCCACCACGUCAGUUCAUGAGGAUGUCCACUAUACGUAAAUCGCAGGCCCCACCGAAGGUCCUCGAGGCUCUUCCGCCGCCUCGCCCAAUGAGCAUGAUACGGCCAGUGAGCAUAGUACAGCCCAAAAGCUUGCUCUCGGCAGCGUUCAAUGCUAGGAAAAUCAAACCCACGUUGCCGUUCGAGAAGUUCGCCUCGCUGUCAGGCCAAGGCGAGAAGAACCCAAUCGCUGUCCACAUUUACCCGGCCUUUUCCAACGAUCCAGAGGAGCCCUUCGAGGUCCUCAUCCGGCGCAAUGUACAUCAUGGUCAUGGCCAGGGCAGCGAUCGGCCGGUGACAGUGGCUGACCUCAUCGGGCUCAGCCUCUGGCGCUACAUUGAGGAGGAACGCGAGCCGCCUAUACCGGAGGACAAGCAAAACAUCAACUGGUGGACAUUGAGGAUGGUAGAAGAGGACGGCGAGGUGGACGAUGACUUCCCGCCGUUCGACAGAACCAAAACCCUUACAUCUUUUACCACCGCGAACAACAGAGCGGCCGGUCGCAUGAGGGCCAAUUCCAAGACGUACGACAACUUCGGUCUGGUGCAAGCCACACAGGCCGAAUUCAUGAAGAAUCAAGCUGUCACACCGCAGGAAGACCCGGCUACCACGACAUUGGACGAUUCCGCCGACAGAGACACCGAGGAUGAUGUCACUCCUCGCAAGACGCCACAGCCAGCUCGGGCCAUCUCGCCCGGCCCUAUAGAGCCGCGACCGAACCCCGUCACCAACACGACAUACCGCCAGCAUGCCACGAUAUUCGCCGACACUCCGCAGACCAGGGCGACCACGACGAACACCACGCGGGGCCAGAAAAAGCUGCUCCGCGUACACCUCCACGCGCCUGACAUUGCUCCAGGGCAGCUGGUGACCCUGGACGUGACGACCGAGACGUACAUGGCCGAAGUCCUCGACUUGGUAUGCCGUAAACGCCAAUUAGACAAAAACAACCACGUGCUCAGAAUGCCGGGCGGCGGACCGGUCGUGCUCCUGGACGCCAAAGUGCAAACGAUUGGUAGCCUGGCGGACUUGGAGCUGCACCGGCGACGGUUUGCGACCGAUGGACCGCUGGUGAUGUCCGGUGGCUCGCCGAGCAGCGCGUCGCCCAAGCUACUGCCAUUCGGGGACGGAUCGGCAGGGCGGAAGGGCAGGAAGCUGCAAAUGAUGGGGAGCCACCCUCUGUCGCGGGAGGCGAUCAAGCAAGCCGAGCUCACUGGGAUGUACAAGUCGUGGACGGUCUGGCGACUGCGGACGGUACGGAUGAGGAACCAAAGCGAGCGGCUGCUAGAGAUCAACGGUGAUUAUCUGCACAUCAAACCGACAUCGCGAGACGGAAAAACGACCACGGCACACAUGUCACAGAUCAUCGGGUGCAAGACGUUUAGUAAGCAUCCGGAUCAAUUCAAGCUCUUCAUAUACAAAGGCACGGAGGUUAAGCGCUACGACUUUGAAGCGAGGAACUCGACGGAGGCGAACGAGAUGGUGGAGGAGCUAAGGAAGAUGAUCCUACCGUAAGAAAGGUCUUCUGGUGGCAGUCAAGUCAGCGCACUGCCUCAUCGUGCCGCCUGAGCCUUCCAAUUCACGUACAUAAAUAAGCAACUCGGUAUUAUUCCGUAAAAGGAUGGGUUGUGAUCUGCUAUGCGCUAGAAACAGCGCCAGAUGGUGUGACGUGCAGCAAAGAAAAGAAGAAGAAAAAAACCCCAGGCGAGAAAAGGACCGGUAUUGGGGUGCAGUUGUCGAUAGUGCCAUGUAAUUCAUACCGACCUACGCUCCAUGCGGGAUAGGUAAAACUACCUACUUCGUGCUUCGAGUCAAUUAGUUGGGCAUGGAAUUCUGAGGCUGACGCGGCGUGGUUGAGAGGCGAACAAGGUACCUUCGAACAAGGCCUGGUCGAUCGAGCGAUGGAAUAUCAAGGCAGGUCACGGUGCGUAUGCACGAACGUACUUGGUACAUGUACAGAUCAACAACAUUUCGG